AAAAAUUUGCAGGUCAAGCAACUGUUUUGGUUUUUAUGAAAUCAUUGCAAUACUUUUUGCUUCUUUAAAAGCCAUUUUUUCUUUCUUUGUCCCUGCAAACAAACUGUUAGCUAGAUCAAGAUUCGCAACAAUGGCGUUUCAAAUGUCAAGGAUACAGAGUGGUGAUAUAGAAGAAAAUGGUGAAGAACUAAUUCAAAAAGCUAAUAGUAAUCAUUCAAGUGCAAGUUUAGCAUCAGUGGACUCGGCUGUCGAUAAGGUCUAUAGAGCUAUGGGGCCUGGUUUUGAAGGGCUAAAGAGCUUUAAGAAAACCAUGAAAAUCUAUUAUGAAGUUUUGUCUAUAGGCUUGAGUUCCAAUGAUAAAAUUCUUUACCGCCGGGAAUUAAUCCAGCACAGGUGGAAUAAGAUGCUUCUUGUUCUGUGUGUCAUCGCUCUCUCACUGGAUCCUUUGUUUUGUUAUAUUCUUGUGGUUAAUGAUGAGAAGAAGUGCCUUGGAUUGGACAGAACGUUAGGAGCUAUAGCUAGUGUUCUGCGAUUUGUCGUGGAUUUCUUUUAUGUGUUUUAUAUCAUUUAUCAAUUUCGUGCUAGUGUUGUCACUCUUUGUUCUCAAUCAUCAAAAGAAGAAGGUGAACUGGUUCCACAUACUCGGGCAAGAGCAUGGAGAUAUUUGUUGUUGUACUUCAUAUUCGACAUCCUUGUAAUUCUUCCACUUCCACAGGUGAUAGUUUAUGUUGUCAUUCCAAGAUUGAAUAACUCGAGACUUUUCCAUGCAACACAGUCAUUGUACUUCAUAGUUAUCUUUCAAUACGUGCUAAGGGUUCUUCGAAUCUGCUCAUUGUUAAAAGAAGCCACAAGUUCUUCUGGCAUCCUUGCUGAAACUGCAUGGGCUAAAGCUGCCUUUAAUCUUUUUCUUUAUAUGCUUGCCAGUCAUGUUGUUGGAGCCUUUUGGUACUUCUUUUCAAUAGAAAGGAAAACAUCUUGCUGGCGAAAAUCCUGUAAAAUGCAUGCUACUGCUCACUGUUCGUUAUAUUGUGACGAUACUUUUGGAGCUAGCACUUUUCUGAAUGACUCUUGCUCUUCGAAGACACCAAAUUCCACAUUUUUUGAUUUUGGAAUAUACUUAGGUGCUCUUGAAUCUGGUGUCAUCGAAUCAACAGAUUUCAUGACAAAGAUCUCUUACUGCUUUUGGUGGGGACUGCAAAACCUGAGUUCCCUAGGUCAAAGCCUCAAAACAAGUACCUUUGUCUGGGAAGUCUACUUCUCAGUUUUUGUUUCACUUUCUGGAUUGAUACUGUUUGCAUUUCUUAUUGGAAAUAUGCAGACAUAUUUGCAAUCGAAAACAGCAAGGCUGGAGGAAAUGAGAUUGAAGGGGCAAGAGAUAGAGUUGUGGAUGGCCUUCCAUUCCCUUCCUCGGAAGCUCAAGAAGCGAAUAUGGCAAUACCAGAAAUACAAAUGGCAAGAAACUAAAGGUGUUGAUGUGGAGAAUUUUCUUCACAAUCUUCCCCGGGACAUCAGAAGGGAGACAAAGCAGUAUCUAUGCUCUGGUCCACUCAGUCAAGUUCCGAUGCUUCAAAAUAUGGAUAAACGAUUGCUUGAUGCAAUAUGUGAUCAUCUGAAGCCAGCACUUUACAUAGAGCACAGCUUCAUACUUCGGAAAGGAGACCCUCUCGAUGAGAUGUUGUUCAUCACUCGUGGCAAAGUAUUGACUUACACCACAGAAGGCAAUGUAGGCGCUGAUUGUCUUGAAAAGGGUGACUUCUAUGGCCAAGAACUUCUUGACUGGGUGCUCAAGACUUAUCCCAAUGCCAGCCUAUCCAACCUUCCCUUCUCAACCAAAACAGUCCAAGCGCAUACCAAAGUUGAAGUGUUUGCUCUAAGGGCUAAUGACUUGAAGAAUGUAGUCUCUAAGUUCUGGUGGCUUUUCCCCAGUUUGGACCAAUCACGCCAACCAAGGGCAGCUCAUGCUUUGCAAGCAGCAUGGCGCCGCUAUAAACAGCUUCAAAAGACUCCCCCGUCUAAGGAGGGCAGUGUUUCUCGCACUGACCAUGCUGUAGUCCCAUAACCCAUGAUAGCAUCAUAGAGAUGCUUACACAUGAUAACAUUUUACACUUCUUGUUAGGAACAUGCAUGUAUCAGUUUGCUUGGUUUGUUUUGGUAAUGAACUAGUUUAGAUCAUAAA